AUCUUUUUUUUUUCAACAGCAUUUUUUUAUUUACAACAAUGAAGAAAUUUUCAAAAAUGUAAUUAAAACCUUAAUUAUACUUGUAUAUGGCCCAUAUAAUACGGAAAAUGCAACAAAAACAUGUUAAAACCCCCAUUUUCACUAGAGUCGGUAUUUUUCUGCAGGCUGCCCAGUUCUCAGUCCGCUCCCUGCGGAUGAUCCAGUUCCGGGUCUUCCUCCCGGGCGCCGUGGCGUGUGACAGUUCAAUCCGAGGGGAAGUCCCCCGUCCUGGGUUUCCUAACCUCUCCCGCGGCUGCCUGUCUACAUUGUAUCAGUUCCCACACGAACAACCAGCGCGGUGCUCGUCUUUUAACGGUAAAUACGAAGGAAUUAACCUGGAUGGGAAGCUAUUCACUGUGGGAUUAAGUGCAGAAAGGAGUCGGGAGACAAACGGAAAUGUGUCGGCCCUGAGAUCGCGGCGGUAAAAAUGCUGUUUUCGCCGCGGACGGUGUCUCGAAGUGUGAUGGCAGAAGUCCAGUGAAUCGCUGGCCUCCCCUCCUCUCUUGUGUUGGAUGUCUUGGGGGUGCGCUGCCGUUGGUUUCUAGUGCUACACGUAUUUUAAGAGGUUUUGUUGCGUUUCUUUGAUUUCCCCCCUCUUGAUGGAGCGGACACCGCCAUGGACAGACCACGGUUUGGAAUAGGAGCGUUCAGUUAAGUCGGGCAAAAUGUGGUUAAAUGGGACAGGAACGAGUGGACCGUGAAAAUUCUUUAACCCUUGCCCUUGAGUCCCAACCAUCUGAGAGGGUGUCGGACCUCACUGAGGCAAUCCUGGGCCGUUGGCACUAAAAUGUCCCUAAGUGGUGGCACUGCAGGCGGGAAAGGUGUGGACUCUAAUGCGGUGGACACUUACGACAGCGGGGAUGAGUGGGAUAUCGGUGUUGGAAAUCUGAUUAUUGACCUUGACGCUGACUUAGAAAAGGAUAAACUUGAGAUGUCUGGCACCAAGGACGGCAUGGCAGCACCACCUAGUGCAGUGGCAGCACUGCCCGACAACAUACGUUUUGUUAGUCCAGUGUCUGGCUCCCAAGGCAAAGAGAGCAAAUCAAAAUACAAGCGCAGCAAGAACUCUAAAGACAAUAGCAGCAAAGCGUCGGCUGGAGAUGUCGGCAAAAAGGAAGCUACAGGACGGACUCAAGGGGAGCCAACGGGCGCGGCAGCAACUACAGGAGCUGCUAGCAACAAUUCCACCUCUGGAAAGAACAUGGAAAAAGGGGGCAAAGCCUCUAGAGGUGUUCUCAGCGGUAAAAAAGACAAAGAGAGUGCAAGUGGGAAAAGUAAGAAAGACAAAACUGAUGGCACCCCGGUUGUGGCAAUUGGGGUCACGGAAAAGGAUGUGUCUCAGGCCCAAGUCGCUUUGGGAAAUAGCCGUAAUUCAUCCUUUGAGAACACACAAUCAACGGACUUGGCCGAUGCCAAUCAAAUGGGAAAUAUUGCACUUGAAUCUGUUGGGAUAGUACCAGCAUUGACCACAAAAACCGAGGCGGAGGACGUGGAAAAUGGGAGUAAUGAAUGCAAAGCAUUGAAGAAGGUCAAGAACGAGAAGAUGGAAUCUCCUGUCUCCACGCCAGCUCCUCCUCCCCUCCACCUCCUGUCCACAGUAGGCAGCAGUGAAAUUGCCUCACCCUGUGAGCAGAUAAUGGUGCGCACACGCUCAGUAGCGGUGAACACAUCCGACGUGGCCCUGGCGACCGAACCCGAGUGCUUAGGGCCAUGUGAGCCCGGUACAAGUGUCAAUCUUGAAGGCAUCGUAUGGCAAGAAACUGAAGAUGGCAUGCUCGUGGUAAAUGUUACUUGGAGGAACAAGACCUAUGUAGGCACCUUGUUGGACUGUACACGGCAUGACUGGGCUCCCCCCAGAUUUUGUGAAUCACCAACAAGUGAUCUGGAAAUGAGAAACGGUCGCGGACGGGGUAAGCGAAUGAGGCCGAACAGCAACACCCCAAUGAAUGACAACAGCAACUCAUCAGACAACAAGGGUACCACCACCAACAAAACACGGGCCGCCUCUAACAGCAAAGGCAGAAGGGGCAGCCAGACGCCAUCAGAGCGCCGCACCCCACCCAACAGCAACACAGAGGACAUUAAGGCCAGUCCCUCUUCAGCUGGAAAACGUAAGACAAAACCUGCCUCAGAUAUGGAGCCAAAUUCCAGCUCGGAGGACAGCAAAGGCAACAAACGAAUGCGGACAAAUUCCAACAGUGGACCUACAGGAAUCCCUAUCCCUUCAGUAAAGACUGAACCACUUCCUCCUCCCCUUGAUCGUAGCUGUCCUUCACCAGUACUUAUUGAUUGUCCACACCCUAACUGCAACAAGAAGUACAAGCACAUCAAUGGUCUCAAGUACCACCAAGCUCGCGCUCACAAUGAUGACGACAUAAAGUUGGAUUUAGAUGGAGAAUGUGAAUAUGGAGAAGAUUCAACUCUCCAUCCUGAGCCAGGAAACUGCAAUGGAGCAUCUAUCUCCCAAAAGGGUUCCUUAUCUCCAGCACGUUCAGUUACUCCAAAAGGCAGGACCUUUGAGGCACAAAGUCCUUCUCCAUCUCCUGGAAAGUUUGGUUCAAAGCAGACCAAAAAGAAAACCAGUGAGACGGACCUAGAUACUGGUGGGACACCAAUGGAUGGCUGUGAGGAUGGACCAUGCCUUACCGAUGAGGCCAGUAAUGAUGGCAUUGAUGAUAAGAGAGGAUCGGAUAAGUCGAGAAAGGCUGGCACAAAAACUGAUAAAAUGGCCCAGAAAAACUUGAAGUCCCCACGCCCCCUUGGUCCUGGCCCUACAGCCUCACAGCAGAUGUAUUCUUUUCCUCCUGGAAACUCAAACUCAUCCUCGGGACUAACCCCGAUGAUGCAAGGAAUUCCCAAAAGUCCACAAAUGAAAGGUGGACAACCUAAACCCCCAACCACUGGAGAUCUUGCUUCAAGUAGCUCCAAAGACAAGAAGAAGAAAGACAAAAAGAAAAAAGAUGGUGGAAAGGAUGCUGAUAGCCCAAUGCCUCCAGGAAAGGGAGGAAAGCUAGAGGAGGGGAAGUUGCCUUAUUCAGAACCGUGUGAUCAAGGGAAUAAGGGAGAUGGCCUUCUCAAUGGUUCCUCGGAUCCUCAUCAGAGUCGCUUGGCUAGUAUCAAAGCUGAGGCUGACAAGAUUUACAGCUUUUCUGACAACGCACCAAGUCCAUCCAUCGGGGUUGCCAGUCGGAUAGAUGGUAGCGGAAUGCCACAGCCUCUCACUCCACUUCAUGUAGUGAACCAAAAUGGUGCUGACAACUCUUCAGUUAAAACCAACAGCCCAGCUUAUUCAGACAUUUCAGAUGCUGGAGAGGAUGGCGAAGGGAAAGUAGAAGGUGUCAAAGUUCGAACAGAAGACCAAGCCAUUAGGGAAAGUGUCAAAAAAGCUCUCUUUCCAAACCAGACACCCAACAAAGAUUCCCCAUACUAUGCAGGCUAUGAGGCAUACUACUCACCCAACUAUGUCAACCCCAGUCCAGGUGGGCCACAUCCCGGUGCACCAGUCGCUGAAGGUCAAGCUAAGAUCAAAAGGGAUGAUGAACAGGACCAAGGUGAAGAAAAGGUAAAAAUUGAAGUUCAAGAAGAUCGCAAGCCUGACAGUGGUGCUCCAGGGCAGCAGCAACAGCAACCCUCAGUCAUUCAGCAGAGAUCAAACAUGUAUAUGCAGCCUCUUUACUACAACCAGUAUGCUUAUGUAUCUCCUUACGCAUACACUCCUGAUCAGGCUUACCACAACCACUUAAUGAACACCAACCCAGCCUAUCGGCAACAGUACGAAGAGCGGCAACGGCAAAUGGCUGAACAGCAUCGAGUAGAUAAGAAGUCAGAAGCAGCCAUGAAAGAAAGAGAAGCCUCCAUGAAAGAGGAAUGGAAACAAAAGAGCCCCAUGCCUCCAUGCCUCUCCAAAGCCUCAAGUCAGUCGGACCUCGGCAAGAUGCAGCAACCCCAGGGAAAAUCCAGGGAAUCACCCUCCGAACCCUCAAAAUCAAUUGGAAGCAUAAAAGCUGAAGACUCGAAGUCUCAGCAAGCUGAGGGACUGAAGAUUAAAUUAACUGAGGGAGGUCACCAUGGAAAGGAAGACUCAAUACAAGCACUGGAGUCUAGGGGUCAGGCAGGGAUGGAGCAGGCCAUGUGGUACAGACAGUACUCUGACAGCCAGAAGUCUCAAGCAGAAGAAGAACACCAGCAACAACAACCUAGAAGAAAAGACGAACGGGAACGCAAAUUAAAAGAUGAACGGUCUAGGCCGAAGGACAGUCAAAGUGGACCCAAGGAGGAUGGCAAAGAGGCUAGUGAUCCCAGAAUAAUUUCUGAAGACCAUCGAGCCAUGAGCAAAGACUCUCGCACUAACCCCCACUUGCAGUUUGCAUCGUCACUAGCACAGCACCAAGGCUACAUGCCCUACAUGCACGGUUACCCCUAUGGACAAGGCUAUGACCCUAACCAUCCUGGAUACAGAGGCAUGCCGUCAGUCAUGAUGCAGAAUUACCCAGCGUCCUAUCUUCCUGGAGGGUACCCAUUUUCUCCAUAUGGGAACAAAAUAGCUGGAGGCGAGGAAGGCAGUGAGAAAUCCCGUGCUAGUCCCACGGUCACAAAAACAGCAACGGACUCCAAAGCCCUGGACAUCCUUCAUCAGCACGCCAGCCAGUACAAGAGCAAGUCCCCCACGGUGGGCGACAAGACUCCCCAUGACAGGGAAAGGGAGCAGGAGCGAGGAGCUGUAGGAGACAGGGAUCGGGAACGGGAGCGUGAGAGGGACAGAGAAAGAGAUGUGGACCGACCGCGCUCCUCUCCUUCCCAACGUGUCAUGGCCUCUCACCACCACCUGGGAUACCCCCUGCUCUCAGGGCAAUAUGACCUGUCCUACGCCACAGGGAAACCCGACCGUCACACCUCAACCCUGCAAAGAUUCAUGUGACUGGCUCACAUGAGGACAGGAUUACCUGCUUGUUACCUUUAGACAUCAGUUGAAUGGUGUUUCUGUAGUUAUUUUUUUUUGUUCCUCUGCCCCACGGCGAGGCAGAGAAUUGUUUGGGUUUUUUUCCCCCCACUUUUAUUUUCUUUCAUAAAAAAAAAUAAUAAUAAUUCUCCAUAUGUGGACUGAAAACUGGACUGACAAACCCAGGUUCAAAGCCAUCGCUCUGCUCGUCACGCAGAGGAAACACCGACCCGCUGAUUAUCUAGUCUUUGCACUGUCAACAAAUACAAUGCAAAAACAGACUAUUGGACUGCCAGAACAGUUUUUGUUGUUGUAUUUUUUUUUCCUGAUUGCAUUGUUUUUUGUCACGCAGAAAGAAAUUGGCUGGGGAUUUGGGGGGAAGAGGAGUCACACAAACCUGAAGACUGGCUCAUUCUAUGUCGUGAAACAACAAUAUAUCCUUAACUUGAGAAAUGUUUAGCUGUAUUUCAUGGGGAGAGGGAAUAUGGCAACAGCUGCUUUCUUCAGAGACUUUAGAGCCUGAGACUGAAGUUUUUAUUUGUUUUUAAUCUUCCAUCAUCAUCCCUUCUUCUUUGAACCCUCCCUCACAUCUUAAUUCAGGGGUUGACAUCCUCAUGUUUUGAGAGGGGGCAGCGCACACUUCAAAGGAGGAAUACACACUAUUCAUUGUUUUCUUUUUGCUUUUUUCAUCAGCAGAUUUCUGUCAUACUAUGGUGUUCACCUUUGAAUGUUUCUGAUGCUGGUUCAGCUCCACUGUUUCCUUCUCCGAGUGAAAGGGUCGCGUCCGUCUCCACAUUGAACACGGUGAAGCCACAUCAGCAAGCGCUGAGCCCGUCACUGUGCCGCCGCGGGGGCUUCCACUCCUGAUUGGGCUUCUUUGGCUUGUUUCCUAUAAACAAUGUGAAAUUGGGCUCGUGUAUCUUCCUGCUGUAAUAUAUAUCUUAUCUUAAUGUGCACAAAUGUUUAUAUUUAUCCAAGCAUGCAACUGUUUUGAGAAAGUGUCGGCCUUCACAGCAUUCUCCAGUAUGUGCUCAGAUCAUUGCUGUUGCUGCAGAGUCCCUGGAUGUCUUGUGUGCUCUUAAUUUGACACAUGGCUCACCUCAGUUACUUUGGUUUCCCCUAAUUUGCUUCCGCCUAAGCUUCGUUUGCAUCUGCAUUGUGUACGCUGCGCCUCCCGCGUCCAGACGGGCUCCACACCUCUGGUUAAGCGUCUGAGCUGCAGAGUCAAAAGUCAGCAGUUUGCCAAGCUAACAUCGGCUGGCUGGAUUUCUGCCGGUGCUCGACUUGCUUUUGUGGCUUCACCAUUACACCCCAGACAACUGUUAGCAUGCUCUUCUUUUCUAAUGAGCUCUGAAGCAUUCUGAAAGAGGACAGUUAAUCGUUUCCAAGAGAUCGUUUUUGUGGUAAGGCGCAGUAAGGUGCAUGCGGCGACCCAGCUGUUCCUGCUGGGCCAUAAAUGUGACCCAGUCAGCCUCUGACAGCUGAAAGUCGGUGAAAGUGUUUCUGGAAACGACGUGAACAAGCUAAACGGAGCGAAGUGGGCUGUCUGAAGCAGGAAGGAUCUAACGAGCUAACGGCGUCUGGAUCCCACAAACAGGCGGCCCUGCUUUCUCUUAAGUCACAGUCUGGUUAACUUCAGAUCCACACAUAAAACAGCCUCCAUCAGCUGCCCUUUGAUUCCAAGGCUGAAAUUCUGUCCGUACGCAGUUGCACUGAUUCCCUAUUGAAAGCUAAUCGUCUCUGCUCUGAGGUGCUGUUCUUCAUCAAACAUUUAACCCCCCGCCGUGCAGUUGUGGGUCAGGACCAGUCUUAACGCCUCACAAUAACAAGAAAAAGAAUGGACCCUUCCACUUUCUUUUUUUUUAUGGUUUCUCACCCCAAAUAUUCUCAUCUUUGUUAGCUUUUAUUUGAAGCCCUGUCGACGUCGCGUCUGACGCCCCGUGAGGUUAGCCGGGGCGUCCAGCCGUGACCGGGAAACCGCAGCUUUUCAUUCUGAGGUUUCCGGGACAUUCCAAGUGAGCAAAGCUGCCCGUUUCUCACCCCAUGAAAAGUCUAUGAGAGGGUUUAUAUUUUGCGUGCAUCUUAAAGACGAAUGGCUGACGAGAAUAAGCUGAAUGUGGUGUAUGACUUGUACUUAAUUUGUAAGGGUAAUCUAGGCAGCUGUGAUGUUGUCAUUAAAGUCAGUGGGUUUUAGUACCAGCAGACUGCAUACAGUACAUAUAGUUUUAUCAGACAAUGGUUGUGACAAGUGCAUUUGUUCUCUCUCUGAGAGUAGUAAUGUUAUCUCAGUAGUAAGCAAAGCCCAGUGAAAGUCAUUUAUUCUAAAGUGUAUGAAAAAGCCAGAAAAGUUAACGUUUGCUAUCAACAUAUUGGAAAGUGCUUGGCUCUUGUAUUUUGCAGGACUGUCUUUGUUUCAUGGUGAAGAGUAUAUUUAUUGGCCAGCAGUUGUCUCAAUUUGGUGCCUAGUCCAACAUUCUUCUGUGAAAACACAGAGACACUUGCUCGUUUGUCCUUUUCCCCGACCACCUCCUGACCCCGCCGCCACACGCCCAUCCUCCACUCCCUCCCCCCCAACCACACCCCCCUCUGAAGUACCAGUCCUGGUGCUCGCAAGGAUGUUUACAAAUGUCUUCAUUUUCUUUCUGUGUGAGAAGUUCAGAACUCUUCGGCCCCGCCCCCUUCACCCGUGUCCCUUCAGGAGUUUGUGUAAAGUGUACAUUACCAUGGUUCUUUUUUUAUACAAUACUCUGUAACUUGCCUUUGUAAAUUUGGGCUGGAAAAAAAAAUAAAUCUUUUUAUGAGACAA